AUGGCAAAAGCGUUUCUUUUUCUUUUCUGUGAACGAGUUUUCUUUCGGGAUCCUUUCUUCUCUAGUCAAAAUUGCUUUGUCACCUCGCAUUGCACCUCUGCCGAAGAUUCCGGAUACACUCGAGGUCGAUAUCUUUCUAGACAUUCUGCGUAUUGGGAACACGUCUUGGCCUUUCAUUCACCCGUUCCCGAGUUUCUGAAUUCGCAGCGCAACUUCGAGCUCUCGGUCUGUAUAAUCCCACCUGCAAAGGUAGCCUUAAAGUUUUUCUCGACUCGCUCAUAUCUCUAUCACAUGGUGUGGUCAUACUUUCUUGGUUACCAUGUUGCGCAUGUUGAACAUGUGAUGCUGACAGAUUGA